AUGGGGCUCGUUGACAAGGUCAAGCCCAAGAACCUGACUGACAAGCAAUGGCAGACCGUCGUCUGGAUUGCAGGCAUUGGGACGGUCCUGGAGUACUAUGACUUCUACUGCUACUCCCAGCUGUCGGCGGUCCUGGGCAAGGCGAGUGGCGCGGACAGGCAGGGCGGGGCGGGAGCCGCAGGGAUACAGCAAGCUGGCCUGGGGGCUAUUGGAUGCCGGCCUGUGGUCCUGUGUGGCUCGGCCUUGGUCUUCUUCCCGUCCAACGACCCCAACAUCUCCGCCCUCUCAUACUGGGGCGUGUUUGCCGUCGCGUUCGUGGCCCGCCCCAUCGGCGCCCUCAUCUUCGGCCACAUUGGUGACAAGUAUGGGCGCAGUUGGACCUUCUCGAUUGCAAUCAUCGUCAUGGCCGUUUCCACCCUGAUCAUUGGCAUCCUGCCAACCUAUGACAUCGGACCAUACAAGGCGGGCGUCGCAGCGCCAGUGCUCCUGGCCAUCCUCCGCUUCUUCCAGGGCAUCUCCUUCGCCGGCGACUUUGGUGCCGCGGUGGUGUACAUCUCGGAGCUGGCCGCGCCCUCCAUCCGUGGCCGCAUGGUGACCACCCUCCAGUGGUCCAUCAACCUCGGCCUCAUCCUCGCCUCGAUUGUCGUCAUCAUCCUGCAGGCUGCCCUCACCCAGGCCCAGAUGUUUGAGUGGGGCUGGCGCAUCCCCUUCCUGCUCGCCGCCUUCUCCGCCGUCCUCGGCUACUUCAUGCGCCGCGGCAUGCCCGAGCCCACCACCUUCCUGGAGGCCUACGCCAAGGACCGCGCCGCUGAGGGCGGCGAGGCCGGGGAGCCCGACGCCAAGCUGGAGAUCAGCGACAAGGCCGCGACCAAGAACCUGGAUGACGCUGCCAGCCAGGCCAGCACCAGCCAGGCCGACGCUGAGGAGGAGGUCGAGGCAAAGCAGAAGGGCGUGCUCGCCGUGCUGCACGGCCACAGCCGCUCCAGCGUGCCCGUCUUCCGCCUGCUCAGGAACAACGCUUUCGGUCUCACCGCCAACAUUUUCUUCGGCGCCUGGGUCAACGGUGCGUUCUUCGUCGCCGUCACCUGGCUGAGUGGCCAGCUGAUCAACACCUACAAGCUGCACCCCAACGUCGCCCUGGCCAUUACCAUCGUCUCCCUCAUCUUCAACACCGUUGGCCUGAGCCUGGCCGGCUACGGCUUUGACCACGGCAUGCCCGCCAUCACUGCGGCUGCGGGCACUCUCAUCCUUGGCGUUGGCUCCGGCUUUGGCCUCUACUACUGGGUCGGCACCGGCUCCCUGGCGGCCCUGUGGGUUGCGCCCUCCCUCCUCCACCUGGUUGUCGGCUUCUACAUGGCCCUCUACGUCCUGCCCAUGACUAGGAUCUACCACCCUCUGGAGCGCACCACCGGCUUCAGCUUUGCCUACGCCACGGGCUACGGCAUCCUGGGUGGCAUCUCCCCUCUGGUUGUCACUGCGUUCAAGGCCAAGCUCGGCGCUGACGCCGCCUCUUUCGCGCCCGCUUUCUGGCUGCUGCUGCUGUCCGGCGGCUCCGUCAUCGGCAUUGUCCUGCUCAAGCUGUACCUCCCUCGCCUGGAUAAGCCCUACAUCAGCCGCGUCCGUUAA